GGAAGUAUUCUCAAGACGCUGCGCGCGAUCUGUCGCGCAACAUCUCUGCGCGCUCACCUUUCUGCACCUUGUUGGCGUCUUGGGCCAUGCCAGGCGAGGGUCCCGACGCCGGGGAGGUUGCCGACGCCAACCUCGACGGCAAGACGUCCAACGACGGGCAGGGUUCCCACGGCGACGAGGAGCUCGACGCCGGGAAGGCCAAGGCGGAGCCCAUCGCGGCGUUGCCCGAGAUGCCCUCAAUGCCCUUCGACUUCUCUGCCGAGGUGCGCAGGCAGGUCGGCCAAUGCAGUGACGAGGACAAGGGCUUAAAACGUGGAGCUGGAGAUGCUGAAGACGGCCAAGACAAAGGCCCUAGGAAAAAGAAAGGGAAGGUGCGCGAGGUGCGCGCUGAUGGUCGAGAGUGCGAGAUCCCCUCCUGCUCGCUCGGGGCCGCCGCCAAUGGUAAGUUCUGCUGGAGUCACAAGAGGGCGAAAGACAACCUCUACAAGCACGCCGUGAAGGGCGAGAAGAAAAACCUUGAGUGUUGGCAAAAUUACGCGCAGAUCUUCGGGGAGGGCAGGGGCGGCCCGCCGGACGUGCAGCUGGCGCACCAGGCGUUGGAGGAUUACGUCGCGGAGUUCCCAGAAGAUGAGAGCGGUGAUGAACACCAAUCUGGCAAGAAGGCGGUUCGCGGGACCCUGGACCUCAGCCGGUACACGCACGCCAAGGGCAGCCGCAAGUCCAACGACGACUUUUCAAAAUGGCCGAAGAUGGAUUUGGAGAUUUUCACUGGCAAGAUGCGCGCCUAUCGGCAGUGGACGCCCCAGAAGUGCAAGGAUGAGUUCGCGGGAUUGAUUGCCACGUACGGCAUUUGCGACAGCAAGGGCUAUGGUGCCGACAAUCGCCGCGUCAAGGUCCCGCCGGAGAUGUGCGGGGAGGAUGGCGAGGAGGAGAGGAUUGGCCUGUACGAGGAUCGCUGCCUGGAGACUUCGAUGAAGCAACAGAAGAUGUCACAAGAGGCAAAAGACGCGUGGUAUUCGCAGACGCGCACUGGCCUGGAUGCCAACCUGAGGCUGACCCCUGACGCGAAGUCCAAGCUACAGGCAAGCUUGUCAUCUUCGUCGGUAGCGGCGGAGUCCAACCCCAGCAAGGUACUCGACAGCAUAAUGUCGGCAGCUGUGUCGGCCUCGUCUGCUGAUGAAGGCGGUGCUGAAGGCACUGCUGCCAGCCUUCGCGACUCCAGCAAAAGUCACCCAGGCCCGCAGGGGAAAAGCAUGGCCGGCUCCGAUCGGGCGAAGCUCUGGGGCAAAGUACGGACGGAUAUGCUAAAUGCAAAGCCCAAGCUGUUGAAGGAGAUCAAGGAUGCCACGAUUGCACUUCGCCAGAGCGACCCGUCCAACCACGGACCGAUCUUCAUUGAUGGAGUGAGGGAGCGGUGCGCGGUGGCAUGCCGCUUUCUCGGCGUUUCUUGCGUCUGCGAGGAGAAGACCGUUCAUGGAGUGAAAAGCCAGGAGACAGUUCCCACUGUGACCAUCGAACCCAUGGCAGAGUUUGCGCACAAGACGCUGGUGAAGCAGGAGGGCGAGUCGAGGGAGACGUGGCAGAGCCGGCAAAAUGACGAGCACUUGGAAAAGGCUAACAAGCACGACGUCUACCUUCAAGAUCUCCUGGACUCGAUGAAGGUGCUGCCGAUGGAGUCCAAGAAUAUCAUGUCGUCCAGCAAGCAGGAACUCUUUCACAACUCGAUUACAACGAUGACGACGGCUGAGGCGCUGGAGGAAGCCAACUGCAAGUGGGACGAACAGCAGCAUCUCGUAAGCCAGCUGGUCGCCAGCCUGAAGCAGGCCACGAGGGAGCUCAACUCGGAGAUAAAGAAGGCCACGACGCGGUUGAGGAAGGAGCUCGAGCGACAACAGAAGGAAAUUCAGGAUGCAGAGCUAGCUCGGAAAAAACAGGUUGAGCUUGAGACGAAGAAGAAGCUGACGCAUGAAAAGCAUCUCGAAGCAUUCGGCCUCAACUUCGAGUCGCACUCCAAGGUGCAGGUCUUCGCGUCAGACGCGGCCUGGAGCGCUGAGGGUGAUAAACACUAUGCGAGGCCGUGGGCUGUCGAAUCGUCGGAUGCGGUUAAGGCUGCGUUCGCGGAGCCGGAGGGUGAGCAGAAGGCCAAGAACGUGUUGCAUAAGACGAUGGGGUUAUGGGCCGCCUCUUACCCCAAGAACGCCAUGUACAAGCAGCACGACGUUGUAAUGAGCCCCCUCACUGAAUCUAUGGGAGUCUUGCAGUUGCAUCGGGAACACGAACUCUUCGCGCCUACGCAGCGCCGCAUCCAGUCGAGCUUGCCCGUCCUUCUUCCCCACCUGCGCACGGUCAAGGUGUUUGCCGAGGGCGAGACUUACACCAACUGCGACUUCGAGACGAACUUCUUGGGGACAUUGCGUAUCCAGGUGGAAGGUACAACCAAGAUCGCCCUCGUGCGCGCGGGUCCUUUCAUCGAAGUGGUGAAGGACAUCAAAAAGAAGCCGGUAGGGCAGGUGGACUUGGCAGAUGUUUCGCAGGUGCUCAUGGGCGUAUCUCAGGCCGACCUGGACGCCUGCCACCAGAAGGGCGUGGACAUUCAGCGUAUCGACCUCGGCCCGAACAGCGUGCUCUACAUUCCGCCCGGAUGGCUCGUACUGCAGGCCACGGCCAAUCAGGCUGCGGUGACUUGCAUCAAGCGCUGGUGCUUGGUGCAGGAGGAACUCCGCGAGACCGUCGAAACGUUGAAAUCCAUUGGCAAGCUAGGCAUGAAGGUGUCCGUGCGCGAGGCCUUGAAGGCGGUGACCGACCUCGUCGAGUCCAAGCUUAGCACAGCGUGA